AGCCUCCGCCAACGUCAUUUAUUGCAGAUGAUGCUGCGCCUCGCCGAACGGAAGCCAUAUUGUGAUGUUGGGAGGACUUGUGGACCAGAAACAGAUGAAGAUGAUGACGCCAAUGAUGAAGAUGAUGAACACAAGAUGGCGGCAAUGUGGAUUUGCUAGUGUGGUUUCCGGCCUGCAGGUGUGAAUCCGUUCCUGUGACACAACAGGACGACGUCGACGCUAGCUAACAAACGUAUAUGCAGGCGGGAUGGCGUUCAUGUGCGGCUUCUCACGCUCGCGCAGCAGCUCGCGUUCGCCUGCUCGCCAGGAUUCCCGCGAGCGCGUCAGCGUAUCGGAGCUGGAACGACUUUUAAGCAGCGGCAAGACGGCCUGCAACCACGCCGAUCAAGUCUGGCCAGGACUCUACAUCGGAGACCAAAACAUGGCAUCGGACCGCAGGGAGCUGGUGCGCGUGGGUAUCACUCACAUCGUAAACUGCGCGCAGAGCCGGUGGCGCGGCGCCGCCGACUGCUACGCUGGCAUGAACGUGACAUACCUCGGCAUCGAGGCGCACGACUCGCCCGCCUUCGACAUGAGCAAAAACUUCUAUCCUGCCGCCGAAUUCAUACACAAAGCGCUCACUGGAGGAGGUAAGGUUUUGGUCCACUGUGCAGUGGGCCUGAGCCGGUCGGCCACGUUGGUCCUGGCCUACCUGAUGAUCCGGCAGAACUUAACCCUGGUGGAGGCCAUCAAGACCGUCAAGGACCACCGCGGGGUCACACCCAACCGAGGAUUCCUACGUCAGCUCAGCGGCCUGGACGGCAUCCUGCGUGAGAGCCGUCGCGCGGCCGCCGCGCAGACCGGCUAAUGCUAAGAUAAUUCUAAUGGCUAACGUCACAGCAUGCAUACACACGACUGAAAAUGAAACAGCUAAAAACUGCCCAGAUGAUGACAGUUGAAUGACCAAGCUCAGUCAGAUUACCGCUAAAGGCUAAUGUUAAGGAAAAUAAAAGACGCCUGAGCUAAUUUUUUUUCAUCAGUUCGACAGAAAAAUUGAUCUCACAAUUACCUCCAGGAUCAUGUUGAUAAGACGGUUUUCUAUUGUGAGAUGCGAACAAACAAAGAGCUGGAUUUUUCAAAUUUGUCUAGAUCAUGUUGAAUACUAAUGUGUCACUGUUUUGGUUCACAUGCUAUUUUAUAAGAAAAAAUGUGGGUCAACAAAUGUGUCAACAAACAACACGAAAACAAGCAAUGUUAAAUGUUAGCAGAAUAACAAAGUGCUUUGAAGAGGCCUGCAGGUCUGUUCGCGAGGAAAUGUUCACAGCUAAUUGGUCCGCCGGUUAACGUUGCGACAUCAAAAUAGACCAGAUGAAUGAAUUAGCCAUCAUGUAAGCAAAUAGCUGGAUCUGUACAGUAUAAUCAAUGCUAAUAGAGUGAAAUCUUCAUUUGAUUGUUGUUGACCCCCAGAAGAUUCACGUGGUCAAGUUCGGCGCCGAUGUUUACUCGAACAUAGCGCAGCGCAAGCUAACCUUAUUUCUUGCUAAAACUUACAUUACGUUGUCAUUCAUUCAGGCGAACGUGUCACAGAUAUGAACAAAUUUAACGUGGAAUGCUAGCUCUAAACCUAGCAAGAACCAUUCAAGCGUUUUUAAGAGGAAAGAGUAGGGCAAGGCGAUAAGGCAAAAAUAUAUUUCCGAUACACUUUUGAAUAUCAUUUGAAUGCAAUUAUCAGGUUUUUUUUUUCAAUAUUGUUCAAUUCAGUUAAUCUCUAUUGAAAACGAAACUGAAGAGUACUUAAACAUUUUACUACUACAUGAAGCACUGUAAAAAAAAAUUCAAUUUUUACUCAAGGUUUCAUCAGAACAAUGACACAAAAGGGUCAAAAAAAUAUUAUGGGGUAAUGUCCGACUCGAACCAGCAGGGGUCAGUGUUCAAAAAGUUACGAGAAACCAAAGGAGUAGCUCGCAUUCUAAAAGCAAAUGUUUGAACAGAGGCGUGAGGGCAAAUUUGUUCGAAACAAAUUUAACAAUUUGGGGGGGAGGGGGGGGGGGUUUACACACUCACAUUUCGAGAAAUAUGCCCAUAACUGAAAUUCAACGCUAUCGCUAAUUGCCUGAGGACAGAUUGUACGUUAGCAAGUUAACUAGUUAGCUCAUUAGCUUUCCUGCUUUAUUGGGGAACUUAAAACUGCCGAGAUUGAUGUUUGUAUUAGCUGGCCACUUGGGGACCAACAUAUGUUCUUUUUGUACACACGAGUAAAUGUUCAUAUUUGUAAAAUGAAAAUGUGGUGCUCCACUGUGUCACACAGUUUUGUCAUGUUUCAACUUUAGCCUGAAAAGCAAAUGUGCUUGUCUUGAUCUGUGGAUGUCAAACGUGUUGUGUUUGGUUCUGUACCGUGAUAAAAUGUCACUUUAAAUCUGAUUUCCUUUUUUUUGUUUGUUUGUUUGUUUGUUUCAUUUUGAUGCUUUUAUGGUGAACAUUUUUUUUUAAUUCCAAACUGCCUGCUGUCAAUAAACAGUUCCCGCUCGUCACAAAAUGACAUUUUGUUGACUCUCUUUUCCAUGAUGGCAAGUAGGCCGUGUUCGUUUUACAAAUAAAUAUUUUCAAUACAAUUGUAUUUUUAUACGAUAAAUGUCUUGACACUUUUUUGUUGAAAAUCCUGACCUUUUGGGGUAUAAAAUCAUGACCUCAAAAUUUUGUCUUGACAUAUAUAACUGUCAAGUGGUAGUGAGUUUAAAGUUGUUGUUUUUGUGUGUGCAGAUUUUUUUU